AUGACUAAAGUCACAUGAUAAAUGACGUCAGUCAUAACAAUGGUGGUGUAUCUUAAUUUAGCACACAAGAUUUAGAUUCUAGAUUGACUAUUUUUUUAGGUUUUGAUAGAUCGUCUAUAUUUUGAUCUAGGCUAGAUCUUGUUCUUGAUCAACGUGUUGAGGCAACUAUGCUGGUUGUGAAUCAACUAUUACAAAAAGAUCACAAGUGGCAGUUGGUUGCUUUUAAAUAAGGCAUUAGGUAAAAUUAAAUCUGUUCUGUGGUGGCAUUCUUAGAUAACAGAAAUGCCUCCCCACACCAAAUUGUUAAAAGUUGUUUUGCUUGGAGAUGGAGGUGUAGGAAAGAGUUCCUUGAUGAACAGAUUUGUGAGCAACAAGUUUGAUUCCCAGUCUUUUCACACAAUAGGAGUUGAAUUCCUGAACAAAGAUGUGACAAUAAAAGGAGAAAACUAUACAUUGCAAAUAUGGGAUACAGCAGGGCAAGAAAGAUUCAAAUCACUAAGAACUCCAUUCUACCGUGGUGCAGAUAUCUGCAUGCUGACUUUUGCUGUUGAUGACAGGAAAAGUUUUGAAAAUCUUCCCAUGUGGAAAAAAGAGUUUCUUUAUUAUGCAGACAUUCAGGAUGGUACACCGUUUCCAUUCAUUGUGUUAGGAAAUAAAGUGGACAUGCCGAACCAUGAAGUUGGUCAAGAUAUAGCCCAGGCCUGGUGUCAGAAGAAUGGAAGCAUACCCUAUUUUGAAACUAGUGCUAAAGACUCUAUUCGUGUGGAUGAGGCAUUUAAUUCAGCAGUUACCCAGUUUCGUUCCAUGGAAGAUAAGUUGGAAGUACGACCACAGCCUACAAACAGUGUUGAUUUAAGAAAAAAGACAGCUGCAAAUAAUACUUGUUCGUGUUGAUCCUCCAUAAUAGGAUUUGUUGCAACCUUUUUUUUUAAACAUGUUUUAGUAAUAGACUGAAGACUCACAUAAUUAAAUUUUGAUAUUAUUGGGUGUUUGGUCUUAUUAAUUGUUAUUCCUUAAAAGACACAUACCAUAGUUUAAAAUAUAAUGCAGAUUAUUGAAGUUUUAGAUUUCAUUUUUGUAACUUUUUUUAUGAUUAACUUACAUUUUUGUUGAACUUUCAUUAUUAGGAUAAUGAUUAGCUAAAUACUAAAACAUUAAGAAAACUUAUUUGUAUGUGUGAAAAGAAAAACCUUACAUAGCAAGUAAAAAGCAAUUAUUUUUAUUGCAUUUUGUUUUCUUACUGUCAAGUGUGGGUCUUAUUGUUAACAUCACUUUGACAACCAAAGUUUCUUGUUCUUCUGAAUGUUACUGGAAAGUUAUAUGCUAAUGUCACAUCAUGAUUGAUGAAAUUGAUUGUAUCUGUAUAAUUGACACUAUCUUUUUAAUUAUUUGUCAUUAAUAUAAUACACAUUGAAACAUAGAGGAUGAAUAGUUGUGUGGUACCUGAGUUUACUAUCAAAUGUUUGUUGAAUGUAACUAUAAAGCACACUAAAUAAUUGUAGCCCUUUAAUGCUAUUGUACAUAAUUAUUUAUUAAUUUGUUGACAUCACUUGUAUACCAUUAAAUACAGCUUCAAAAACGUUACCUAUAAUUUUUUUGUUUUUUUUUUUCUUUUGGCUUUGGUAGUGAUUUUUCAAAGUUCAUCAUCAAACUCAUGAUAUGCUUAAAAGCUCACUUUUAAAACCAUGGAUAAAAGUUGUAGCUGCAGAUAGUGUGCGAACAUUUCCGUAUAAAUAGUCAACAGAUUGCGAGGGGCGCGAUGGCUGAGCAGUUAAACGCUAGGCUUCCAAACCUGGGGUUCUGGGUUUGAAUCUUGAAGAUCAUGAUUUUGAAUUUCUUGAUUAUUAGGGUGCCCCUGAGUCCACCCAACCUAACUUUAGUAGGUGAACGUAAAGGUGGUUGUGCUACUAGCCACAUGACACCCUGCUUGUAAACCGUUUGCCAAAGAAAGACGACCUUAACACCAUCUGCCCUAUAGAUUGCAAGGUCUGAAAUGGGAACUUUACUACAACAGAUUUAAAAAAUGAUUGUUGUUGAGGUGUGAUUAAAAAAAACAAACAGUAGCUACUUAAAGGCUACACAUCUUUGUUCAUGAAAGGAUGUUAACUGCAGUCUAAAUGUUACUUUGACCACACUGAUCUAAUUAAUGCUUGAUAUCUGUUGUUUACCUUAUUACACCAUUGUUAACUGUUCUCAUAGAAAUGGGUGAACACUGAUGUACCUGCCUUACAGAUCUUCAUCUAAAGGGAACCUUACUUUUUAGUAUCGGUUGUAAAUUGUUCAAUCUAAGCUCUCAAAAAUAAAUGUUUUUAGAAAAAGUUUAAACUGUAUCCUAGGUGCAGAAAAUAGGGGGAAAAAAAAUCAUCAAAGACUGUCAGUUGUGUAUGAAUAUAGUUAAAUCUAGCUUAAAACAACCAUUUUGAUUCAUAUUGAAACAAUAAAGUUAUUGCAACAAUAUUAUAUACACCAAAGCAAAUUUAAGUUCAUGUUUUUGAAACAAUAUGAAUACUAAUGUAUUGCAUUCAAUGCUAGUUUGUCCAUCUUGUUAAAGUAUUUUAGUUGAACUCUGUAAUAGUCUACAACAGUGAUGCUCAACCUAAUUCAAUCUGCGAGCCAUUUUAAUUUCCAACACUAGUGUCGCGGGCCACAUGAUCGAAAAGAUACAAAAACUUAAUGAAAUUGACCUGAAACUAUUUUAUUUGAGAUCCAAGGACCUACUUAUUGGGAUAUUUUAAUUUUCUUCUUACGUGUCAGAAAAUGGUGCAAGUUCUAUUUAUGUUUUGUUGUUUUUGUAUAACAGCCCCACUUUCUGUAUAAAACAAAUAUUUUGGCAAGCAUUUAUCAUGUUCCACAAAAAGUAAAGAUCCGUUCACUUUUCCUGGUAGGUUCUAUAUUCUGAGUCCUUUUUCUUAAAUGCACACAUUUUAAAUGCCUUGGUAGCAAUCUAUUAGAAAUAAAAUUGAGGUCCAUAACGUAGGUAAAGAUACUUUUUAAACAUUUUUUUAGGGAGAAGGAUUUUGUGUUGACGUUUUGGCCGGCCGGAUGUAAACACGUUGGCCCGCGGGCCGUAUUUUGGGCAUCACUGGUCUACAAAUAUGUGAAGUAUAAUGCACAGCUUGCUACAUCUUCUUUAAUUAUACAUUUUCUUCACAUUUCCAGUUUUUCACUGGGGAGAAAGUUUUAUAACUAAAUUAUUGAACAAUUUUUUCUUUUCAAUCAUUAUUAUAAUGUGUCAGGUCUGGCCCUAAAUUAAUUAAAAAAAAAAAGACCAGAAAGUACUGAGUAUUGUACUAAGUUAUUCAAUUUAAGUGUGUUGUAUUUUACUUUGGUUACUGUUCCUGUUAUUUGUUAUGCUUGGAUAAUGUGAAAGGCUUAUGAUAUUGGCUUUAGAUUCAUCUGCAAAAUAAAUAUAGCACCAUUAUUUCAGAUUUAACAUUGUUGUUUUCUUCCAUAUCAAUCUGUACAAGAAAGUUCAACACCUUUUGUAACAUUAAUCUUUGGUGUCAGGGGUUUGUCAAAAUACAAUGAAAGCUUUGUUACUUUUAUUUAUUUUUGUUAUUUUCUUAAACUUCUAGCAGUGAAUGUUCAAUUGCUUAAGAAAAUGUUGGCCCAACUAUGUAUAAUGUUCUUUCAUAUUUUAUUGCACUGCUGUCUUAUUCUGGCUAUUCUGUCUCUGAUUUGGUCAACUUUUGCUGGCAUUAAAAAUAAUUUGUGGCAGAUACCCUACACUGCCUACAGUUAUCUUUGGUUUUUAUUUGUUUCAAUUACUUUUCUCUUCAUGUUAUAGCAAGCUCAGUGCACUAUGGUCCAAGAGAGGGCUAACUGGAAGAAGGCUUCUGGGCUGCCUCACCUAACACAAUUUAGCUUGAGCCUAACUCCAGCCCUCUUUACAGAUAGACAAGCAGUUAAUGGCUUUCUGCCACACUUCUCACAUGAUUUAGAAAACAUCUUAAAAUUAGGAAAUGCAUGCAAAAAUGUAACUACACAGGUAUCUGCUAUUUGUACUAUUUGUUUUGUUAGGAUUGGAACAUAGUAUUGAUUCCUUGUGAAACUGCUUCAAUAAUGGAACUUAUUUUUUGCAACUCUUGUUUUAGCUGAUCUUAGCUAAUGUCAUUAUAUAUACACAUACACUGUUAAUUGGCAUUGUUUAGUUUGUUAUAAAUACAUAUUUAGGCUGUGAUGAAUGUUGACACAUUGUAUCACAUUUUUUGUUUUCAAUAAUCCAAUGGCACAAAAUUAUUUAUCUUCAAGUUACUCAUGGUUCUCUGUCGACAGAAUUUGAGUUAUUUUGACAAUUUUCUGUAGUUGUUAAUACUGAUAUGAUGCUGAGGACAACUUUUCAGAAAAUAAAUUUUGGCUUAAUAGAUAAUGUUACAUUUGGUAAUUUUACAAUCUGUUUUUAUUUUAAAAAAAAGCACUGCAGAGGAAGCACACAAAAUUUCAGCCUACCAUUUGCUUUGAAGGAUUAUGCAUCUUUGUAUCUUUUUUUUUAAAUGUAGCUGAUCUAGUUAGGGUUAGGGUUAAAUUGGAUUUUCCAAUUUUGAUACAUAUAAGAAAGAAGUGAAACAAGAAAAAAUUAUUUCUCAACAUUACCAUUGAUCAUGUCUGAAUGUACAUAUCCAUUAUUGUGGCUCAAAUAAUUAUGUUUGCCAGUCUUUCUGUGGGUGAUGCAAGAUAUGAACCUAAUUAGUCAUUUUGGAUAGUAAGCACAUCAUAUUGAUUAAUCUAUAUUAAUAAUGUUAUAAAAAUGUUAAUGUUUCUGAUAUUAUUUUUGGAUCACACUUGCAAGAUACUCCUUUUUUAAAAAAAAUCUCUUUAAAAAUGUGUUUCUGGUAUUUUUUUUUUUUAAAGCAGAGAAAUCUAAUUUUAGAAAUUAUUUAAAGUAGAUAAACUAAUAAAGAAAACAUUAUAGCCAAUGUUCCUUGUAGUUCCACAAUGUCUUUUUUUUUGUCUUUAGUGUAAUGUAAAGGCAUUUAAAUCAUUGGAAAAAGUAUUUUUUGAAAGACUUUGUAGUUUAAUUAGUGUUGUUGUUUUUUUUCAUUUACUGUAACAGAUUCUUCUGUGAUGCUUGCUCAGUUGUUUAAAAGUUUCCCUAAGUUGGUUGUUGUAGAGUUCUCAUUGGACUAGAUUUCGGUAAUUACUUCUAUUAUUGAGCUAAUGAUUGCUUUUAUUUAAUUACUUAUUUUAUUUCAUGUUGUUUUUUUUUUUUUGAUGUUAGCUAAACAUAAUUUCUUUUCAGUUAUUUCUAUUGUUACAUUUAUUUACAAAAUGAACUCACUUUUUUUGUUGUCCUAUGUUUAAUUUAGAUGAGCUGGCCAGGAAAACCAGCGACUUGGCAGAAUUUAAGUCAUUGGUUAAUAUGCAUGACUGAAUGCGUAGGACGUAAUCAUCUUCUUUUUUUAAGUAAUGUCUGUAUUAUAUAAGAUAAAGAUAAGAAAAUCCAUUUUUCAUUGUCAUUACUAACUCUAUGUUGUAUGGUUUGAAUAUGAUUGUGCUUGUGAAAAUAUUUUAUGAAUCCUACAUGUACAUUUUUGAAUUAUAAAUGCAUUUGAGCCAAGAACAAAAAUAAUGUUUUGUUUUAAGUUUUGUAUUUGGUUCUGUUCUAUUUCUACUUGUCAAGUCUAAUAUCUUCUGAGCGGCUUAAAAACUGUCCGAUUUGGGCCUCAUUGUAUUUCUUUGUUGGUUAAAUCUGAUAAAUGAGAAUUUUAAUACAUAAUAAACCUGGUCAAAAAUAUGCUU